AUGCUAAACACUCCGUCGACCUCUUCAACCGAGUCACUCAUCUCCGAAUUCACUAUUGAAUUUUCUAAAGCAGAUCCAUGCUAUUCUUGGGGUGAAGUGAUUCAUGGAAAACUCUCAAUGAAAUGUCCACCCUCAACGCAACUCGAUGUUGUUUCAGUCAAAUUGCAAAUAGCUGGAUAUACUCGAUUCAAAGGGAAACAAAGAUCAAUCAAGGAAGAGAAUUAUUUUCUGAAAAAAGAGAGAAAUCUCCUAUCUGGACCGGUCACCUACUAUGAUGGGAAAAAGGAAAUCCCCUUUCAGGAAACUUUACCACCCGAUUUACCUACUUCCGUUGAAACAAAAGUGGGAAGGAUUGGAUAUUAUCUGAAGACAACUUUGGUCUACAAAAAUAAAGAUGGAUCCGAUACAACAAUUCAUGCAGUCCGCGGGUUUUCCAUGAUCGAAGAUGUCGAUCUGAACGUUUUACCGAAGCAAUAUUUUGAGGAAAGAAAUCAAAUUGUUCAUCAAAAAUUUGGUCUCUUUUCGUGCACUGGAGGAUUGGUUCGAUUGGCGAUCAUCUUAGAAAGAAGUGCUUUCGUUUCCGGAGAAUUUGUGACAAUAACUGGCAGAAUUGAGAACAAAAGCGAUCGACGGGUGGAGAAAGUUUCGGCGGUGAUACAACAAAGAGCACAUUGCAAAGAAAGCCCAUUUGAUAAGCACAAUGAUGAGACGGAUGUGGUCGAUGUUUUUGAGGAAAGUCUUGCUCUUUUCGUCGAUCCGACUGUCACGCUAAAAAUUGACAAGAAAAUGCCGAUACCUGUGUUGCCACCGAGCACACCACAAGACGAGCACUCAAUCGCGAAUCGAGUCUCGAAAAGGAGAAUCUCAAUUGGAAAUCUCCGUUCCCGUCCGUCUCAACUCUCUCUCAACCUCUCACAACUCAGCCCAUCUCGCCCACUUUCGAUCUCAUAUUCUUUAUGUUUUCAGGUGAAAUGUGUAGGUGUCGACAAUUUACAAAUUUGUUGGCCGAUUGUGAUUGGUUCGGUUCCAUUGACGAGUUCGACCGUCAACAACGAUCCGCAAGCAACCACGCAUAUUUUUAAGCAAUGCAAGCACGAAAAGCCUUACGAUGUUGUUCAUUCGAAUUCAAUCAAUAACAUCGGAAAAACAAGAAUCUCUUACAUCAACAAAUACCCAUUCUUUUCUGAUUUGAAAACUUCAUCAAAGCAAGGAAAAAAGAUCUCCCUUUGGGCAAACACUGUUCGAAUGGAACACAAAUGGUUGAACGCUGUGAGGGACAAAGAGACGAACAAGGAGAAGAAAGGGGUGAUGUUCAACGCGAAUCCAGUGAAUGCCACCUACACCUCACAGGAAUCCGAGGAUCCAAGAAGAAUCUCCGAUGUUGCUCUAAAAAUUCCUGGA